GACGGACACUUGCGUGGAAUUAACGACCCGCAGCCACUAACAAACGCCGUCAUAAUCCUUUAAGAGCCAGGUCGUCGUUCAGUAGCAUGCAAAAUAUGUUAACCAUUAUCUCUAACGCACUUUGCAGGAUCACUGGCAGGAAUGUGGGAGCCCAGACAGUGUCAGAGUUGCUGAUUGACCUGUCAGAGUACGUCAAUCUAACCUCACCGGCGGCGCCCGCCUUGGCAGAAACUCAGCGGCAACCACCUAAACCACCUCCAGUCAGUACUAGAGCAUCUGCUGCUGAGUUAGGUAGCGGCCAGACCGACCAGCUAGACAGACCAGGUGCCAGAGUGGUGGUUUCCCGCUCCUUCGCUGACUUCACCCCUCAGGUGACCUUUGACAUCAAGAAAUGCGACGUGCACCGUCUGGAGGAGGGUCCUCCGGUGAAGGCGGAGCUGACCCGGGAGCAGGGCCUGCAGUAUUAUCGCAUCAUGCAGACUGUGAGGCGCAUGGAGCUCAAAGCUGAUCAGCUGUACAAACAGAAGAUCAUCAGAGGCUUCUGUCACCUGUACGACGGACAGGAAGCGUGUGCAGCAGGCAUCGAGGCCGCCAUCAACCCCUCCGACCACCUGAUCACCGCCUACCGCGCCCAUGGGUACACGUUCACCCGCGGCGUGGCCAUCAAAGAGAUCCUGGCUGAGCUCACAGGUCGUAGAGGCGGCGUGGCCAAAGGCAAAGGAGGCUCGAUGCACAUGUACGCGCCGCAUUUCUACGGAGGCAACGGCAUCGUGGGAGCGCAGGUUCCUUUGGGAGCCGGCAUCGCUCUGGCCUGCCAGUACCAAGGCAACAAUCAGGUGUGCGUCACCCUCUACGGAGACGGGGCAGCCAAUCAGGGCCAGCUGUUUGAGUCGUUCAACAUGGCCGCCCUGUGGAAGCUGCCGUGCAUCUUCAUCUGCGAGAACAACAAGUACGGUAUGGGGACGUCGGUGGAGAGAGCUUCAGCCUGCACCGACUACUACAAGAGAGGCGACUUCAUCCCAGGAAUCAGAGUGGACGGGAUGGACGUCCUUUGUGUCCGAGAGGCCACAAAGUUUGCUGCAGACUACUGCAGAUCAGGAAAGGGUCCCAUUGUCAUGGAGCUGCAGACCUACCGUUACCAUGGACACAGCAUGAGUGACCCAGGUGUCAGCUACCGCACUCGCGAGGAGAUUCAGGAAGUGCGCAGUAAGAGUGACCCCAUCUCGCUGCUGAAAGAGCGCAUGCUCAACAACAACAUGGCGUCUGCAGAGGAGUUCAAGGAAAUUGAUGUUGCGAUCCGUAAGGAGGUGGAGGAGGCAGCUCAGUUUGCCACAUCAGAUCCGGAGCCCCCGCUGGAGGAGCUCUGCAACUACAUCUUCCACAACAACCCGCCGCUGGAGGUCCGCGGGACCCACCCCUGGGCCACGCUCAAGUCCGUCAGCUAGACUCGCACACAUGCACUCCAAAUAUACUUACACACCAACCAUCUAAUCUUCAUCGAGAGUAGAGUCCCUCCUCUUCAGACUACCUGACUCACCCAGAAAUGUCCAGCAGCUCCUUCUUGAUUUUAGAUCGCAGCAUUCCGCACCUUAAUGGGACUCGGCUUGGACCUGAAACCUGUCAGUGUUAUUUAUUUAUAGUUUUAUAUAGAGAUAUUUAAGAUUUAUUCUGUCUGUACGUUCCCUCUGCCGCACGUCUUCACUUGUACAAUCAUCAAACCGCUGUUUGAAGAUAAGUGUGUGAUUUACAGCUUAGAAGAAACCCGGCAGGGCUGCACGUUAUACGCACAAAACUCAAGUUUCUGUUUCUCCUCAGUUAUCUCCCCCACUGCGGCGUGUCCGUUACAAGUUCCUCCACUUUUUAGCAGCACUUUUUUUUCCACUGUUUUCCAGCUUUUAAAUGUUCAGAAAAAACAGGAUUCCGCUUUUAAAAACACUUUUCCCUCCAAGAAACCAGCGGCAAGUUUGAAAAGGCAAUCGUGACUGUCGUAAAGUCGGUCGAUGUUGAAGCAAUCAGUCGCUCGUUGAGUCUCUUUGUUUUACAUUAUUUUGGGAGCCUGGCAGGCGGCUGGAGAGUACGUUUAUUUACUCUACUUAAGUACAACUUUGAGGUACUUUUUGCUGCGUUUGAGAGGAAAAUAUUCUACUUUUUACUCCACUGCAUUUAUUUGUAUUUUAUUGCUGGUUACUUUACACAUUGAGAUUAACACUAAAACAAAAUAUCAGCAAAGAAAUUUAUGAUGGAUGAUCAAAUAUUAAGAUACUAACUGACACAAGAAAUUUUACGCGGGCACAUUUUAGUUUCUUGUUUGUGAGUUUGGAGAAUUAUAUGACUGUGACCUGUGAAGAUGCACUUAAAAUAUGGAGCUAGUAUCUGUGUUGUCAGAUUGAACGUAUGGGGGGAAAAACAGCAGCAGUGACUUUAUUUUCUGUUUCAUGUUCCUCUGUUCUCUCCAGGAAAGUUGACUGUUACUGACCCUGAACUUGUACAGAUGUGAAGCUUUACUCGACUGUUUGGCUGUAAAAUGAAUGCAUAAAGAAAGCAGGAAGAUAAACGCUGGCUGUGUGUCUCGUGUCUGUAAAAAGUGGAAAGGAUGAGAAAUACUUCAUGUUGUUGUGAAACUGCCUUUUUGAAUUUUGUGUUUUAUUUUGAAGAUCCGCAGUUCACAUAAACAUCCCCUGCUGG